UUUAUUGAUUACGAAGCCAGAGCUUUUGCAAGAAAAUUGACUAAACAUCUUCAAUAAUAUUCACUUAAAAGAAAGGGUGCAGUUGAUGAUGACAAAUGUGUCUCACGUAAGAGGCAAAAACGAGAUGUUCUCUUGACAAAAAACAUCGUUCACCAUUUAAGAACCGUUUGGUGUGCAUUCAAACACCUCUUUUGGAUGCUCACAAGGUCAUCGUGAGUAGAGGUGAUAAUGAGGCUGGCAAGCUCGCGAGCAGCUCGGGCUCGGCUCGGUUAAAGCUCGGCUCGAGCUCGGGCUUGGCUCGCGACUUAAACAAGCCAAGCCGAGCUAGGCAAAGCUCGGCUCGUAAAGCUCGUGAACAACUCGAUUAUUAUUUUAUAUUAAAAAAAAUAUUUUAUAUUAAAAAAAUAUUUUAUAUUAAAAAAAUUAUUUAUAUAUAUUAAAAAUUAUAUUAAGUAUUUAUUUUAAAAUAUCAACUAAAGUAUAUAAUAGAAAAAAGAUAAAAAGAAAAGGUAAAAACAAUUUAAAAGAAAAAGAAAACAAAAAUAGAGAAGAGUAAGGAGUAAGUGGCGACUUGGCGAGUAACCCUAGUCUGCUACAGCCUACAAUCAUCUUUCUCACUCCCUCCUCUGCGGUGCGGUGCCAUUGAUAACCCUCGAAGGCUCGGCUACGAAGACUACGACGGCCGAACUAGUCCACCACUACUAUGAGCGGCGGUGCAGAAUGUUUUCAAGUGUUGUCCAGCGGCGCGGCGGCGGCGGCGACGGAGGAAGAAGAUGAAGAAGGAGCAGCUGUACCGUUGUUGCGGGUUCGUCCGAUGAAACAUAUUGGGUCAGACGGUCUAACCCAAUACUUUCACUUUUUUUUUGUUAUGUUAUUGUUAGAUAUGUCUAGUAGUACACAACCAAUGUCAUCAACACCUCAUGGCUCAACUACUUCUCCAUUCAUAGUAGAAGAGUUUUAUGUCAAUGACGAUGAUCGUGUGCCAUAUGUGAAUUUGGAAAAUGAGGAGAAAGAAAGUGAACCACCCCUUUCAAAUGCAACUGGAAAUGAGUCGGAGCCUCAAAAUGAAAGUCAACCAUCAAAGAGAAAGAGAGCAAAAGUAUCCGAGGUUUGGAAAGACAUGCUGGAACCGGUUAAAAAUAUGAAAACCAAGUGUAAGCAUUAUCAUCAAGUGUUAAGUGCUUCAGGUACAACUACUCACUUAAAGCGACAUCUUUAAAGUUGUUUGAGAAAAAAAUGAAUCAAAUACAACAAAAUAUGCUUAAUUUUUUGCCUUCGAAUCUAAUUGAUGGUGAUCCUAGUUUUAAGUUUGUUAGCGCUUUACAUGAUGGAAAGUUUGAUAUGAUGGUAAUGAGGGAAGGGAUAGCACAUUGGAUUUUGCUGCAUGAACAUGCUUUUUUCAUUGUUGAAGAAGAAGGGUUUAAUUUAAUGUUAAAAAGGGGAAUUCCACAAUGGACUAGUGUGUCACGUCACACUAUAAGAACUGAUUCUUUUAAAAUCUAUGAGGCGGAAAAAAAGAAAUUGAAGGAUUUGCUAAAAGGUGUGGAGAAAAUUUCUCUAAUUACUAAUUUAUGGCGUUCCAAACCUCAAAAAAAUUGAGUAUAUGAUUCUUAUGGCUCACUUGGUUGAUAAAAAUUGGAAGUUCCAAAAGCGAGUUCUCAACUUUGUCCACAUUCCUCCUCCUCGAAAAGGCAAGGACAUAGCCAAUUGCAUUUUUAAAUGUCUAAAGGAGUGGGACAUUGAGAACAAAGUAAGUUAUAGUCUUUUUUCUUCA